UAUGAUUCAGCGGCGAAACAUCUGCCGCUAAUUGAUGUGUUGUUUACAGCAGGUGUGGAGCCAGGUAAGGUGGCGCACGAGGCGGGCGCUGCGGCCGGAGUUGGUGGCGGGGGUGCAGCUGCGGGCGGGGGUGACACCAGAGUCAUGCACUGUGUCGUUGGAGGCGCGCACGCCAUCAUUCUCAGGGUAUCCAGUUUCUUUGGCCUGGCUCCAUUGCGUUUCGAGUCACGCUGUAAUGGAUUCACUGUCUCCAUUUCAAACGCUAUGUGCAUAUAUGGAUAUAUACUAGUUACAAUUUUAGUGAUAUCAACAAUCUCCGGGCUGGUGGCGGAGAUGUCGGCGGGCGUAGAGGUGUCAGUACGCAUGUCGUCGCGCAUGUCGCAGGUCGUGUCCGCGUGCGACGUGCUGGUCGUCGCUGUGACCGCCGGCGCCGGUGUCUACGGCGCACCCCGUCGCAUGCGGAACAUGCUCAAAUUCUGCGAGAGUAUCGCAUCUGUGGACCACAGCAUCGGAGCGCAGUACUCGCGCGUAACGGAGCGCAAACUGUGUGCUAUCCUUCUCGCCAUUCUCAUAUUCUUCUCAAUUCUCAUCGCUGACGACUUCUGUUUCUACGCGCUGCAAGCUACCAAGUUCCAAAGACAGUGGAGCGUGGUGAUAAAUUAUAUAGGUUUUUACGUGCUGUGGUACGUGGCUAUGAUCCUGGAGCUGCAGUUCGCCUUCACUGCGCUCUCCGUGCGGGCGAGAUUCCAAGCUGUCAACAACGCACUCGCACUCACUGCCAAAAUUGUUUCCGCUCCUGUAAAGAAAAUGUACGAGCCGCCACCUUUAAACGUGCUGGCUAUCCGCAUGGCGGGCACCGAAGCACGGCGCUGCGCCAACGUCAGCCUGCUCGUCGACACGCUGCACGACCCCGACCAUAGCGUUAUCAUACGGAAUACAGUAACGGGAGAACCUCGGCUGGUGGUACCGCCGUGCGAGGCAAUUCGCCGGCUGGCGUGUCUUCACGGCGCGCUUUGUGAUGUCGUGCACUCCCUCGAUUGCAGCUACGGCCUGCCUCUCAUAUUGAUACUCAUAUCCACGCUGUUACAUUUGAUUGUCACACCGUACUUCUUGAUUAUGGAGAUAAUCGUAUCAACGAAUAGGAUCCACUUCCUGGUACUACAGUUCCUGUGGUGCGCGACUCACAUGCUGCGAAUGUUUGUUGUCGUCGAACCAUGUCACUACACUAUUACCGAGGGUAAGAGGACAGAAGGUCUGGUCUGUCAGUUAAUGAGAUCAGCUCCAUCUAACGGCAGCCUACCGUCGCGGUUGGAAGUGUUUGCUCGACAACUGAUGCUCCAAUCAGUGACGUACUCGCCGAUGGGAAUGUGCACUCUGGAUAGACCUCUAGUAGCUUCCGUUCUAGGCGCUGUCACAACUUAUCUAGUCAUCCUCAUACAGUUCCAAAGAUAUGACACUUAG